UCCAAAACUAUAAAUGAAACAACAACAAAUUAUACACUUUCAAUACUCUCUAUUCACCUUGGUCCUUGCAUUCUCCUCUUAACUUUUCUCCUUGCCCUUUUCUUCUCUCCCCUCGAUUCUCUCUUUCUUUAUUUUUAAGUCAAACCUCAAAUAAAUCCCAUCCUUUGGAUUAACAUUUUAUUUAUUUCAUUUGUACACUAAAAUGUUACACAGAAGAUCAGAAAAUAAGGUAAACAAAUCAAUCAUGUUUCGUUUCAAUGAUCAUCCAGACAUUGUUAUGGAGGUUUUGAAACGUCUUGACGGACGUUCAUUAGCUGUUGCUUCUUGUGUUUGCCGACUUUGGUCUUCGAUUGCUAACUCAGACGACGCCGUUUGGGAGUAUGUUUGUUUCCGCCACGUGUCACCUCCUCCUGGUGUUCGACCUCUUGUUUUGGCACUUGGAGGGUAUAAGCGUCUUUACAUGCUCUGUGUUCGUCCUGUUCUUCGGAGACUUAAUAAUAAGAAAAGAACUACAGCGAGGUAUGGGGAGGGUGAGUUGACUCGGCGAGUUUGGACGAGGCAAGGAGCUCAGCUUUUAUUGUCAUUGUUUUGUGUUGAUUAUUACGAGAAAUUGGGAGGAACAAGUAAUGGAAGUGGAGGUAGGAUUGGGAGUGAUGCGCUUCCAUCUUCUCUCAUCUUCCUCUGUAAGCCCGUCAAUGUUUAAUUAGUUUUAUUUUAUUGUUUAAUUAAAAUUAAUUAAUUACCACAUCAUCAUUUUUCUUUUUUCUUUUUUCUUUUUCCUUUCUAAAUGGGGGAUGAUUCUUCUUAGUUCAUUUUUUAGUUGCUCCUCAAUAAUUAUUUUUUAUUUGUACUGAAAAAAUUUAAAAAAAAAACUUAAUUGUUAACAUUAUUAUAUUAUAUUUCUUUAACCCAUCUA